AUGCGGGCUCAGCUUGUGCUCCCGUCACUGCUCGGGGCGAUCGCCUUACUCGCCUGGCCAGUGUCGGUCUCCUCAUCUAUCACCUACUGUUCGUCCGUGAACACGGGAUCUUCCCAAGCCGCAAAUGAGAGUACGUUCCAGUCAAACGGUCUCUGCGAGGAUCAUUGCAGUUCCUAUGCGUUCGGUAUCCUGCAAGGCUACGACUGCUGGUGUUCGAACAUUGUUCCGAAUUCGGCAACCAAUGUGAACAACUCGAAAUGCAGCCAAGAUUGUCCUGGGUAUCCGGAUGAUAGCUGCGGAAGUACUUCCAAGGGCCUGUAUGCCUACGUCGAAGUCGUCGGCAACCAGCCAACAGGCACCGCGACCGUCUCGUCCACUUCAACCACAUCAACUUCGGUCAGUAAACCUCUUGGCCGGAAUCUUUGUUAUCGCACUGGGACCACAUCGUACUCGGUCGAGAUAAAUGCUCUUGAUAAGAUUACAUCCUCGACACAAUCGUCUUCUACGACAUCAGCUGCCACUACAACUACUGGCCAGACUGUGUCGACCGAGACCAAUGCUGGGGGUACGGUCAAGACGGUCACUCUUGAAGCACCACAGCCGACCGCGACGGCGUCCAGUACUGGCACGUCGUCCAAGUCCACUAGCAGCUCGGGCAUGAGCUCGGGAACGAUUGCUGGUAUUGUGGUGGGAUCCAUUGGUGGUGCCCUUGCAAUCAUUGCUCUGAUAUUCGUUCUCUUCUUCGCCAAACGCAAGCAGCGUGCGAGCAGCCCUGAUCCAAGUGUACAGAACAUCCUACUGGACGGAAGACAAAGCAAAGGCUCACAGAUGAGUUUCAUGAAGGGCAUGUUUUCCGAUAACCAUAGUCAUACGCUAUCGGCCGGAUCGUCGAUCGCCGCCCACCGUCUGCCGACCUUCACGGACAACCGCAUGAAGACCGAUACCGUUCUGUUUGCCAAUGGUCGUCGUGACAGCGAUGCAUCGCUGCAAGACAACGAGGACUAUUCUCGUCCUGUUCUACGGGUCAGUCAU